AUGGAUCCUUCACUAAUUAAGGACUUAAAAGACUUCAAGGCAAGAAGUAUCAAACAACCAACUGUCGAAGCAAAGAAGUCAAAAACAACAAGCAGCGAUCAACCAAAAUCAAAACCACUGUCAAAACCUAAAGUGCCGAAAAGUAGUUACCUUCCUAAGGAGUUAUUGCAACCAAAGAAACAAGCUACUCCUUCAGCGGACUACAAAACUCCCACUUUCAGAAGUAAGCAUAAGUUUGCUGUGCUUGCUGCUAUUGUAGACUUCAUGAAAAGGCGUCAUCUUGGACGAGAAUUCGAGCCUUUGAGUGUCGACGAAAUCCUCGAUCGAAUCAAGUACACUGAUAUUAGUCAAAACGAUAAGGCUUGGCUAGGCAACGAGGCCUUGAAAGAAAACUCUAAGCUUGUUCACAAAGAGGGAAAGUUUGCCUUCAAGCCGAAAUUCAGUAUCAAGGACAAGAAACAACUUCUAAAAUUGCUAGAACGACACGAAGAACAAGGUCUGGGCGGGAUAUUAUUAGACGAUAUUCGUGAAAGUUUGCCCGAAGCUGAUCACGUAGUAAAAUCUGCCGGGCGUAGGAUCACGUUUAUAACACGUUCUACAGAUAAGAAAGUCAUCCUGUUCUUCAAAAACGAUCAGCACCAACUCCCUGUUGAUGAAGAAUUCCAAAAGCAUUGGCGUGGGGUGUCUGUGGAAGGAAUCGGUGAAAAUGACAUUGAGAAGUACCUGGUCAAUGCAGGAAUCACGACCAUGCAGGACUCUGGGAUAAGAAAGCCACAGCAAACCCAGCAAAAGAGAAAACCGAACAGAAAACGAAAUUUCAAGAAACUGAACACGCAUUUGGAUGAGAGUACUCUAAAAGAUUAUUCACAAAGUUAA